AUGAAGUCCUCCUUUUCUUCCACCUCGCCUUUCGCGUAUCAAAUCCCGCCUUCGUCGAAAAGUCAUCGAUCUGGCGAACACUCAAGAAGCAAACCUUUACCCGAAAGCGGCGAUGUAUCGGAGCGGAUUGUGAAGAAGCCGCCCCGAAGCUCUGAUGAGGGAAGAUCGAAAGGCAAAAGCUCUCGGUCUCAGUCAUCUUCUGCGUCUACUCUUUUUUCGCAACCCAAUGUCACACUUGAGGAUAUACCAAUCUCAAACCUACCAUCAUCAUUGUCGACAACAAGGCCGGCUAUGGUAACUCCCCGGCCAGCUCCACAAUUCGUUGAAAGGUCUGUAGCACAACGAGCCCCGACUCUCCAACCAACGGUGGAAGAAGAUGUCCAGAGUGUCACAUCAACUCCAAGGAUGGCCAAGAAACUUCCACAGAAGUCAAUGGACGCUGUGCAGCCACCACCACCGCCGAGCACACCAGAACUUACCACAGCACCAUUGCCAGUACAGAAACAAGAUUUUCCCAAACCACAGCUAGUACCUGUGGAGCCGACGGUCGGCAUUGGUGAGGCUCAACAUCCCUCUACAUCCCCAUCUAGCACGGAUGGAUCACCUGCGCAAGCCAAAUCUAAGCCUAGAAGAAGCCUUGAUGACUCCAUGACAAGACACUCAGUCGCAGCACCAGGUAAUUCAGCAGUAACAUCGGCGGCCAUAAGAAUAUCCCCACCUCAGUCUCCCCAACUUCAUGUUUACAAUCCUCAUAACUACCACCAGGGCUAUAUGUCAGCGGCUCCCCUUCCGGACUCUAAGAGAUCCUCCCCUGCGCCCCAGCCGCCUCAGAGUAUGCCACCCAUCAACUAUGGGUAUUUGCCAAUGAUGGGAGGUGGACCGCAACCAUCGGUGUAUGCUAAUCCUUAUUACGGAAUGCCAUUCUCGCCACCUGCAGAACCCAGCUUGCAGAAUAACGAUUCUCCAAGAUCCCCACCUCCAGCUCAGGACGAGCAUGAGCAGCUCCUAGAAAAAGUUGCUGGUGUCCUGCCUGAUAUCAACAGACUGCUGAACAACUAUAAAGAAAGACAAGGUCGACUUUCUGCUAGAGAGUUGCUAGAAAAACAAGCGCAUCUCUCUCACAGCGAACAGUUGAACAAAGUUGGAAUAGAGCUAGAGGCCACAAAAAAGGAGUAUGAAAAAGUGAUUCAAGAGCUCGUCAGCGAAAGAGGAAAGCUGGAAAGAGAACUUACAGUCCUCCGGCCUCGGGUGACCGAGUUGGAAAGUGCCGAAGCUGAAAAGAAAGCCCUAAAGGCCGAAUUGGAAGCCAUGAAGGUGAGCAAGAAGGAAUUGGCAGAAGCAUUGGAUGGUACUAGAAGGGCUAAAGAAGAAAUGCAAACCACCAAGCUUGCUAAUGACACGGAAAAUGAAGCCCUCAGGAAAGCUCUUCAUGAUGAAAGAGAACUGCGCCAGCGUUACGUUGCGGAUGUGAAGGUUCAGGCCCAGGAUCAGAUCGCUUUGAAGCAAAGGGAGUUCUCUAAGAUCGUCGAUGAUCAUAAACUCAACUAUUCAAAGGCCCAGAUGGAAUUAACAUCUUUAAUAUCUAAGCAUAGUAUUCAAAAGGCGGAUUUGGACGCUGCUCGAAGCUCAGAAGCAGACCACAAAACCAAACUCAGCCUGAAAAGUAAAGAAUUCGAUGACGCCCUUCUAAGACACCGGCAAGAGAUCGAAACGAUAAAGAAAAAGCAUGAGCAAGAUCGAGGAAAAAUGGCGCAAGGAGCUGAGGAACGGGUCGCCCAAAUAUGCCAAGAACAUUCGAUCAAGGAGAAAGAAUGGAAGCAAGAGUUUCAUAGUAUUAGCGCUGAGCUCGAAUCGCACAAGUUAGAAAGCCAGCGCCUUCGGGCUGAGCUGGAAACGCUUGAAAAAAGCAAAAAUGAAGAGAAGUUACACAAAACGGCUGAGCUUGUUGAGAGCCUUGCGCUCUGGAGGACGAAAUCCGAUGAACUUCAGAAGCAGAAUCAGAACCUGGAUAGACUCUUGCAGAGUCUUGGGUGUGCCGCUAGGAAUUAA